CGGAGGACCUGCUGGCCGGUCGCCCCGCCUUCGACGAGGCCCUGCGCGCCGCCUGCCACGCGACGGGCUUCUUCUACCUGCGCGCGCCGCGGGCGCACGCGCGCCGACUGAGCGAGGCGCUGGCGGUCCCCUCUUCCCUCCUCUUCAGGGGCGUGCGUAAACCCAGUCUAUGUUCGACGCCGUCCUGCUUCUUGAUUCGACCCACCUCUUCCGACCGGCGGGUAGAGUUGUCCAGGAACGCAGCGUGUUUCUUCAUCGGAGGCCCAUCGCCGAAGGAUCGGCGAUGCAUCGCCGGUGCCAUGUCACUGUCUGCACCCCCCCCCCUUCCCCAAAGCCAGUUUCUCCCUGUCGACUCCCUCGACAUCCGCCUCUCGCCGCACUUCCGCGGCUACAUACGGCUGGGCGCGGAGAACACGAGGUUGGCGGCGCGCACGAGGGGGCGACGCGACGUAGGCACCCUUCUAAGAAGCCCAGGAGGCUUCUUACUUUCAGGGGCGUGGUGGACUUCCGCGAGCAGGUGGAGUUCGGGCGGGAGGAGCCCCCGGUGCCCGGCCGGGGGCUGCCCCCGCCCGAGCGGCUGCGCGGCCCCAACCUGUGGCCCGCGGAGGGGCACCCGCCGGGGUUCCGGGCGCGCGCGGAGGCCUUCUGCGAGGUCAUGAUGGACAUCUCUUGGCACCUGACGCGCUCGCUGGCCAGGUCCCUCGGGAUGCCGUCGCAAGGCUUCGACGGCUUCAUCGGCGAGCGGCCGCACUGGCAAAUGAAGAUCGUCAGGUACCCCCCAGACCGAGCGCUCGGUGGGCGUGGGCGCCCACUCGGACUCCGGCUUCCUGACGUUUGUGCUGCAGGGCGGCGAGCAUCGGGCCUGCAGGCUGAAGUCCAGGGUUCCCCAGGCACUUGGAUGGACGUGCCGCCUCUGGGAGAGGAUCACCUCGUUGUCAACCUGGGGGAGAUGUUGAUGCUGAUGACGGACGGCUACUACGUCGCCACCCAGCACAGGGUGCGGAGCGACCCACAGCGCAGCCGGGUCUCCGUGCCCUUCUUCUUCAACCCCUCUUUGGCGGCAGUGGUGAAGCCGCUGCCGGCUGACCUGCUUGGACGGCUCCCCUGGGAGAGGGACCGCUCGCUGGCAGACAGCCGCCGCGCGGACGAGCGCAAUGCAAUCUUCCAGGACUACGGCAUGAACGCUUUCAAGAGCUUGUUCAGAUCGCACCCAGAGGUGUCCGCGCGGCACCACCCGGACCUGGAGCUGCUUCCCAGCGGCGACGUGCGGCUGCGGGGCCGCCCGCAGAGCGCCGCGCCGGGCCCAGUGCCGCACGACCGACGCUAGAA